GUAAUAAUUUGGCUGAACGUGGCACAGUUUCGUAAUUUAUUUUAUAAAAUACGUUGCUAUUUGUAGUCAUAUUUUGCGUGUAAAACCGGUAGGAAAUAAAACAGAUUGUUAAUAUGCCAACCGUCGGUGUGAAAAGGGAUCUGCUAUUUAAAGCUCUGGGAAAAUCAUACAGUGACGAUGAGUUCCAGAAACUUUGUUUCGAAUUCGGCUUGGAAUUGGAUGAGAUUACAACAGAAAGACAAAUGAUCACUAAAGAACAAGGUGAGGUUGAUGCUGCAAAGGAUGCGUCUGAGGAAAUCAUCUACCGGAUCGAUAUUCCUGCUAACCGGUAUGAUCUGCUUUGUUUGGAAGGAUUAGUAUUAGGAUUGCAGGUGUUUCUCGGAAAUAUGCAAUUUCCCCAAUUCAAAAAGCUUCCUCCAGUUAAAGGAAGUCCGCAAAGAUUAAUCAUCACUGAAGCCACCAAACAGAUUCGUCCAUUCGCAGUAGCAGCUGUUUUAAGGGAUGUAACAUUUACGAAAGAUUCCUAUAAUAGCUUCAUAGAUCUGCAAGAUAAACUGCACCAGAACAUUUGUCGUAAGCGAGCGUUGGUUGCGAUCGGAACUCAUGAUCUAGACACCCUGCAAGGUCCAUUCGUUUUCGAUGCUAAAGCUCCUAAGGAUAUCUGUUUUGUACCUUUGAAUCAGGAAAAGUUAAUGAAUGCUGAGGAACUGAUGAAUUUUUAUUCUACUCACGCUCAGUUGAAGGCGUAUUUACCGAUUAUACGCGACUCACCAGUAUAUCCAGUCAUUUAUGACGCUAAUGGGGUAGUUUUAUCAUUGCCGCCUAUUAUCAAUGGAGAUCAUUCCAAAAUAAAAAUAGAAACACGAAACAUUUUCAUUGAAUGCACUGCAACAGACUUGACCAAAGCAAAAAUCGUGUUGGACACAUUGGUUUGUAUGUUUUCCACGCAUUGUUCAAAACAAUUUACGGUUGAGCUCUGCGAUGUGGUCAAUUCCAAUGGAGAAAUUGUCCAAUAUCCUGAAAUGGCAUUUAGGAAGGAAUCUAUUUCUGUUAAAGCAGCUAACGCGUAUAUUGGUAUUAACGAAUGCCCGGAAUCAAUGGCAAAAAUGCUAAAUCGUUUACUUCCAACUACACAUAGUAAAGAGAAUUUGGAUGAAUUAGAAGUUCUGAUUCCUCCUACGCGGCACGAUAUGUUGCAUGGAUGUGACAUAUAUGAAGACGUGGCGAUUGCCUAUGGCUAUAAUCGUAUACCAAAAACGCUACCAGGAACGGCACAAAUCGCCCGGCAAUAUCCAAUUAAUAAACUAACCGAGCAAUUACGUGAACAAAUCGCUCAGGCUGGUUUUACCGAGGGACUUACUUUUACUCUCUGUUCCCGGGAUGACAUUGCUGGUAAAUUAAACAAGAAGAUUGUAGAUAUACCGGCGGUCCAUAUUGCCAACCCAAAGACUCUCGAGUUUCAAGUGGUUCGUACUACACUGAUCCCUGGACUACUAAAAACGCUUUCAGCAAACAGAAAGAUGCCUUUGCCAUUGAAACUAUUUGAAGUCUCCGAUGUAGUUUUAGCAGAUAGUAACGCAGAAGUAGGUGCCCGGAACGAACGACGGGUUUGUGCGGUAAAUUGCAACAAAACAGCCGGCUUCGAAGUGGUUCAUGGAUUGUUGGAUCGUGUAAUGCAAUUGCUAGAGGUUCCAUGGGAUAGUAAAGAGGGUUAUUACCUCAAGGCAGUCGAUGAUCCGGCUUACUUUCCGGGCAGGUGUGCCGCGAUCGUCUACAAAAACGUGGAUAUUGGCAGAAUUGGCGUACUACAUCCAACGGUGCUGCAAGCCUUCGAACUGAGCACUCCCUGUUCGGUGGUGGAGUUCAGUAUGGAAUAUUUUGUUUAAAAAACAAAACUAUUCGCGCUAUACGCAUAUUUUGUCCCAGUGUUCAAUAAAAAGCAUUCGUUAACUAAUAUUUUUAGCAAAUAGGUACACUGUCGUGGCAUGAACAAGAUAUAAUAAAUGACAGAUUGUGAAGCUGCAUUUUU